GGCCUAUCGUACACAUACUCUUCUUCUUGGAGAGGCUUAAGAAAGAAGCACUUCGUUAAGUAAAAGGCGACAAUAAACACCCAGGAGGAAGAUGACAACCAACAGAGACUGAUGAAAUAGCGCCUGCCUUUGCUUCUGGUAGAGCAAUAAGAACAGACAGAGCAAAGCGAAACCAAAAGAAGAGCAAGGUAGGUCUGUCAUUGUUGAUGGAAGGCAACCAAGGAGCUGGUAGUUCCCGCUGCUAUCUUCUCGAUGUCCCUCCAGUCUCAAGGCCCUCCGUGGCGGCGCACCAAAUGGAGUUGGGGUAUCCCAAAGAGAGCCUCCAAGGUCUGGGAUUCGUCGUUCCACCACAUGGAGGUCCAUUUCUGCUUUCGACCGAUGCUGUUCCCUUCACUAACCCUACUGCCACAUGCUGUGAAAAGACUAUUUCCGAUCCUUGGAGCAAUGAAGAGGUGGGAACCUCAGAUUCCAAAGAUCCCAAUGAUCAAACAAGCUCUAGCAAGGACGGUGAUAACUCAUGUAGGUGGAGGGGCUCUUCUUUGGAGAAGGGGAAGGUGAAGGUGAAAAGGAAGAUGAGGGAGCCAAGGUUCUGCUUCCAAACAAGAAGCGAUGUGGAUGUCCUAGACGAUGGGUACAAGUGGAGGAAAUAUGGGCAAAAAGUGGUGAAGAACAGCCUCCAUCCCAGCAGAAGCUACUACCGCUGCACCCACAACAACUGCAGAGUGAAGAAAAGAGUCGAGCGACUGUCGGAGGACUGUCGAAUGGUCAUCACCACGUACGAGGGUAGACACACCCAUUCUCCCUGCGACGAUGAGAACUCUUCCGAACAUGAAUGUUUCAGCUCAUUUUAGGAAGUCGACCCACGUAGAAUGCGUUGUUACUACGUGAGUUCUCUUCGGAAGUAUCUGAAGGACCAUCAUGAAUAAUGGAUGUUGCUCAAUCUUUGUGUCUCUGAGAGGAUCGAGUCUUGUGGAAUGGCUUGUAAGAUUGCUACUAAAGCGCUGCUUCUCUAUCAACAUAUUUAAUUAUGAUGCU